AUGGGCUCGCAUCCUUUCUCGUUGCUAGAGGCGGCAGGCUCCGUGCGGCCCAUUGCUAUUUAUCACGAUGAAGCUGGUCAAGUCCCAAAAUUGGAGCAGCAACACCAGGCACAGGCUUCGAGAAAAGACCAGAGAAGUGACUCUGGUGUCUCGCUGUUAUUAGCUGAUAUGGCAAAUACUGAGUCUAUCUACAAGAACGAACUUCGAGGUUUGCUCAGUUGCUGCCAAUCGGCCGUUUCCCGGUCCCAGCGGUACCCUGAUCAUCUACAGAAGCAGGAAUCGCCAGCUUCGUGGUUGGAAGCUACUAGAGGCCUUCUGGAACAUCACGAUAUUCUAGAGGACGUUCUUGGAUGUGCAGAUGAAGAGCUGGCCACAGUGCGGUUUUCCGAAUGGGCGCAAGCUGCAGUACCAUACUACUCGCGUUACGUAAAGGCGUACCAUCGUUCGGGGGAGAACUCACAAGGUGAGGCCCGUCUCAGAAGAAGACCACUGAUCAGAAUCAGGUAUCUUGACCGGUUUGUCGAGAGAUUAACAAUUGCAGUCAGCACCCGCGAUGAACCAUACACUAAAGAGCUCAUCGAGAAUUUAGCAAUUGCAAAGCACAGACUCGCCGAAGAGCUUGCAUCGGCCAGGAGAAAAGACGAUGCUGAGCGCAGAAAUGCAGAUCUAACUUCGGUUUCGUUUGCUCAGACGCGACACAUUGUGACGCUCGAGCCGGUGGCUUCUGGUUUUGAUCUUUCGCAUGCCGUUCAGAGACUUCGCACCAGUAUCACGUUGAAACACCCAAAGAAUCAUGGGCUGGAAAAUGUGGAGGCUGAACUCGUAGGCUUGGCAGAGACAGGUCGUCUCGAAAAGCGCAAGAGCUCAUACUCGCUAGAGGAGUGUUCAGCACUGGCUUUGUGCAAGAUGGAAAACGUUGGAAGGUCAUUGAUGUUUCCUCCCUUUAGAAGAGGCGAGCUGCAGCUGAAGUCUGAAGCUGAUGACGAGAAGGUGGUACUGGCAAUGAACGGCAAACCAAUUGAGAUUGAGCUCAUAAUUGCUGACGGUUCCUGGAGAGCGUUAUUGGCCGAUUUCUUCGGCAAAGGCUCGGAAAAUAUCGACCCUCAGUCGCGGUUUGGGAAAGAGCACGCGAAAAAAAUGACGGCUCCAACCGGUCACCAUGGACUUGGAAUCAGCACCAGCAUGUUGAGAUCACCCCAAGGAGCUGAAAAGUCUCUUCAGCCCACAAACCAGUUUCUACAUCCCUACAGACUGGCCGAGCGUUCAGGCCCUGCAUCGCGCAAACCAGCAGAACUGAUCUCGCUCGAGGACGGAGGAAUUGUUCCGUUCUCUCUGGGAGCUCUUCCGGAACAUGUUCGCAACUCGCCUGCAAUUUCCAGACAACGUUCUGUUGAGUCGGGGGAGAAAACUGAGAAAGCGUCUGAGAAAGCGACCGAGACUGCAGCCGAGACAUCAAACGAGACAUCAGACGAGAAGGCAGUUCGCAAGUUUGACCCAGCUUCGUUUGGAAGAGAAUACGAAGACGCUUUCAUCACACCCCAAACGACUGCUUCCGAUAAAAAGGCCAGGCGCAAGUCCAUCUUCAACAUCUUGAGUUUUACCAAGAAGAAGCCUGCCAAGGCACCUGAACUGGUAUCUCCAGGCCAGGAUGCUUUGGGUGUAAGCCAAUUGGCUGGAGCGAGCCAGUCUACGGCCACACUGGUGACAACCACCACAGAAACUACUCUGAAGGCUGAAAAGGCUGAGGUGAAAGCAGAUAAGGUUGAAAUUGAGCCAAAGCCCGAGACCAAGGCUCAACCAACUUCCUCCAAAAAUAUCAAAAACCUCUCUAUAGAAAAGCCAUCUCAACCUUCAAGCUCGCUCAAUUCACCAUUUGCAAUCACCCCGGUCCCGGCUGAAAAAAUCAAGCUCACAGACCAAGAACUGCAGAUGAUCGAAAGCGGAACAACUCUGUGCAGAUUGCCAGCCAGAAUCUCACAGUGGAACGGCUCAAGAUGGGCAUUGAUUGGCAAUACUGAACUGAUGUUGGUGGUGAUAUUGAGUGGAAGUUCAGGACUAUUGCUGGGCUAUGAUGCUGACGAGUUUGACCUAAGAUCAGACUCACCAGAGCCAUUGAUCAGACUGAAUCUCUUGCCUACAAUGGUUACAAGAAGAUCAACUUCAUUGGAUAUUCAUAUCAAAACCAAUGAGACGUCAACUUUGGUCCGUGCUAAGACUGAGACCAGAACCGAUGCCAUUCUUCAAUCGUUGGAGGCCAUCAAGAGAGACUCAAGACGGUCGAUUUUGAUGUCAACCACCAAGAAAUCGUUCUCAAGCUCUUCCUCGACCCAGUCGUUCUUCUCGCAGUCGAAUUCUACGGCUUCAACUUCCAUGACUUCCAUCGAGUCUGCUGGUGCCAGCCUUCAGUCUCCAUUGGAUCAGAUCAAGGAAUCGAGUGUUAUAGGACUUGACAUUGUUGCUUUGGGAAAACCAUCCAUGAUGGCUGCCAAACAGCAAAUCUCAAAGAACCAGAGCUCACCUUCGAUUGUGUCUGCCAUUUCUCCUAUCAGUGACAAGUUCUCGUCUUCUAAGACCAGUCUAGCGACCUCUUCAUCAAGGUCUAAGAGACCCCUAAAGGAAAGGGUUUUUGCAGGCCAACCAGAGCUUCUUUUGUUCACCAGCUCUUCAGCAUUGAUCCAGAACACCAACUCUGGAAAGCCUUCAGUUGCCUCGGUCAGAAUGACCUCGUUCAUUGCCCUGCCAAACUUCUACCAUUUGACACUUCAAUCACAGGAGGCCGAUCUUGAUAUCGUUGUCUCCGCAAAGAGCUUCAAAAAAUCAGCCAAGAACAAAGUGUUGAUCAACACAGUGGAUUACGGGUCAAAAAAACAAGUUGAUCAGGUUGAGUUUGAUCUUUGCCUAGAGCUCAAGAACAAAAAGGAGGCAUCCAGCUUCACUAAGCUGGUUUUUGCCUAG